GUUCCCUGAUGUCCCCUCUGCUAUUCUUGGUGGCCCCAUCGGCAGCGGUAAGGCUUGCCGUGGUUAUGCCCUAAAACAAGCUCUAAUUAGGGAUCGCCACGCUAUGGCCUAGUUUGAGCAACUCGUUUGUCUGGGGAAGCUAGAGUCAGGCUUACUGCGGCGGCAGUGCUGGCAGUAAGGCCCAAAAUGGCCAAAUGGAGGCGAGGUGCAUCAGUCUAGAUAUAUAUCGAGAGUCGAUCCUUUGUGCUUCGCCCAGCUGUUUACAUCGCCGCCUGCCCCAGCGUUUUCCCACUCGCCCUGCUCCAUCCAGCCAACGCGUCCAGCCUGCUCAUUUACCAGCAACCAACCGCCACAAUGCAGCACCAAGCAAUGCCCGUUGUCUUCUUCAGCUCCACCUCCACACCACUCUACUCCAACGCCCUGGCACCAAGAAACGGGGGCCAGUAUGCCGGCCUCUGCGUCUUCAUAGUGGCCCUGGCCAUGUUUGCGCGCCUGCUCAUCGCGGCCCGCGGCGUUGUCGACGCCUCCCGGUGGAAGACAAAAGGCGGGUCGACCAUGUUGACGGUGCUCGAGAGGGCACUAUUCGACGUCGUCGUGGCCGCGCUCGGCUACCUGUUGAUGCUCAUCGUUAUGACCCUCAACGUCGGCUAUUUCUGCUCCGUCCUGGGCGGUGUCUUUAUCGGCGCCAUAGUGUCGGGCAACUGGGGCAAGGAGCACGAGGGCGACUGGCUACCGUGCUAG